UUCCCCUAUUAGUCUUAAGGGAUCUUUUCCAAAAGGAGAUGAGAUGUGGCGGCUGGUGUGGUUGCUGGCGGGAGUGACCGCAAUCCCCCCGCACCAGGAGACGGCACGGGUCGCCCGCUUCGUGGCCCAUAUGUGUGAGUGGGGCGCGCUGGCUACGAUCUCCACGCAGGAUCCUCCGAUGCGGGGCCAGCCCUUCGCCAAUGUCUUUUCCAUCAGCGAUGGGCCGGUGGGAAAAAGUAGUGGGGUCCCUUAUAUGUACCUGACGGAGCUGGAAAUCUCAGUGCAUGACCUGAAGGUGAAUGCAAAUGCCUCCCUAACCAUGUCCUUGGCACAGACUUCUUAUUGCAAGAAGCAUGGUUAUGAUCCACAAGAUCCUCUAUGUGCCCAUGUGAUCUUCUAUGGUGUAGUUGAGAAGGUUCAGAAUGGUACAGAAGCUGAUUUUGCAAAGACAGCACUGUUCAGUAGACAUCCUGAAAUGGAAUUUUGGCCUAAAGGGCAUAACUGGUUUUUUGCCAAACUGAACAUCAUCAACAUUUGGCUCCUAGACUUCUUUGGUGGAAUAAAAACUGUGACCCCAAAAGACUAUUUUAACGCUGUACCCUAGGAUUAACGUUUUUUGGAUGUAACUGAACAUCUCUCCUUCCACUAAACAGUUCCAUAACAAGAAGAUAAGGACUCUCUGGGAACUGUGCAAAAGUCCAAAUUUACAUAGUCAUUUGAAAUUCUGAUGGACUGUUUAUGCAAUAUGCACUUUUUGUGAGGGAACCCCUCCUCCAUCUUUUAAAAGUCUGAAAUUUGUGCCAAAAAAUCUAAUUCUAUGAACACAUUUUUUAGGAUAUGCAAAUCGACACAGCCUGUAUAAUUCAUUUUGCCUUUAAGACUCAGAUUUUUAAAGAGAGCUAAUUAUUUUUCAGCAAGUCUAUAAAAAUAAAAAUUCAGCUGGGGCAAGAAGAAUAUAAUCAUAAAACAGAAGUAAAGGAAAAUUUGGGAGAAGAAAAAGGGAGGUAAAUAAUUGUAAAUUUAACUUUGGUGUGACCAAAUAUUAUCAUAUAUUCAUCUGCACUAUGCCUUGAUUUAGAAAUUUGUAAAUAGCAUCUUGGAUUCCGUCCCUGCUCACCUGUUGGAUGAUUUUAUUGUUGGAAUCAGCUGUGGAAAUAAUUGUACACCAUGAUUUGAUUUGAUUUGAUUGUAUAUUAUGUAUUAUCUUUUAUUCUCCAACCAGAAUUUCAUUGUUAAAUGGGUGGUUAAGUAAAUUUAUUAAAUAAAUAAAAUGUGUAUAAUAAAAUGUGUGAAUAAGUCAGUGACCUGUGUUCAGAAAAAUGAAGGCUAAACAAAAUGUGACUGUGGCAAUUCUGUAAAAUUUCUUCAAUCGCUUACAAGAGCAGUAGAAAGGGUAAUGAAAUAUGAAUAUUAAAAAAAAAAUGCUACAUAAUCUCUAACCUUUGUAUUAGUGUGCUUUGCCUAGUAGAACAUGUUUGUUUUUUAAUGGCUAUGUGCUGGUCUAUGACCGAUAAUAAAGAUUUGUUUGAUUUUA